UUAGGCGCUUUUGUUGAGACCUGUAUUUACUGCAGAGAUGAGGGAGAAAGCGGAAGGAUCGAUCAGGUUAAGGAUGGUGGACUUUUGGUGCCGACUGUGGCACCUGCCACUAAUGCUGUAUCUCACAGGACUCCUGCAGUUUGAUCUGUGCAGUGGUCAGAUUCAGGUCCAGAUCCAGGAAGGUCCUCUGUAUAGAGUGAAAGGAUAUCCCAUGUCCAUAUCCUGUAAUGUUACAGGGUUUACAGGCCCACCUAACUGGAAUUUUCAGUUCAUUCUCAAGAAACCAAAUGUGUUUUUAAACAUAAUCAGUACCAGUGACCCAGACUUUGCCUACAGAAUGUUCUCCGGUAGAAUAAGUAAUAAAGAGAUUUAUAUUCAAAGGCUGUCAGGAUCUUCAGUUCUCUUGUGGAUAAAAAAUUUGCAGGAGAAUGAUGCAGGUGAUUUGCUCUGUGAGACCCUACACACAGGUGGUGUAUAUUACGGAGAUUAUGAUGAUGAAGCAAAGCUUAAUGUGAUUGCAGACACUCUGGAGGCAUUAUACUCUGGCUCUCCCUCUCAGAGCUUGUCUGAAGGUGAUCCUCUUCAGCUUGAGUGCCAGGUCUCCAGCCAGACUUUUCAACAUACUCAUCUGAUGGUCACCUGGUUUCUCCAUGGUGAAGAGGAUGAAAACCCCCGGCCAAUCAUCACUCUGGACAGAGAUCUGACUGUAAAGCCAGGAGCUGGAUUUGUGGAUCGCUAUCGUGCUCAUCUUAUCAGCAUGGAUAAGGUGGAGGACACAACCUACAGACUGAAAAUGCCUCAAGUGCAGCAGUCAGACCAGGGGAAGUUCUUCUGCAAAGCCAUUGAGUGGAUCCAAGACCCAGACUAUUCCUGGACACAGAAUGCCCACAAAACCACCGCAGCAUGCGAUGUGGAGAUUAAACGAAUCGGCAGAGGAAGCCCUGCAGUCAUAAUAGUAACAGUGCUUUUCAUUAUUCUGAUUGCUGUGCUGGCAUUUUACCUCUACAGAUGUAAAAAACAACAUUUAGGGAUGUCUGGACUAAACAAUAUGGACCCUGAAAGUGGUUCAUCUGAAGCCACACUCCCUUGCCGUACCAGACUUACUGCCCCAAAAGAAUCUAUUGCUGAUAAAAACUGGGAUCAGGACAGUGAAUCGGAGAAUGCAGGUGAAACUCAUGAAGGACAAAAACUUUUGAAGGAAAGUCCGCAAUCUGCUAUAACAGAAAAAAACAAAGACGACACAGGAAAUACAAAUGGAGAACUUGACAAAAAUGAGAAAAACAGCGAAAAUGCAGAUGAAGCAGAAGAAAACGCUAACGGCAAAGCUGAUGAAACAGACACAGAAGCAGACAGCCAGAAAUCCUUACAAACCCAAGAAGAAAUGGAGAAAAGUAAAAUACUGAAAAAUGAGAGAAAAGAUGAAGAGGAAUCUCCUGAGGAGCAGAUUGAGACACUGAGAGAGCAGGACACUAAAGAUGCAGAUAAAAAUGAGAGUGAAGAUGAAGAGGAGUCUCCUGAGGAGCAGAUUGAGACACUGAGAGAGCAGGACACUAAAGAUGCAGAUAAAAAUGAGAGAGAAGAUGAAGAGGAGACAACUAAGGAGAAGAUUGAGACACUGGGAGAGAAAAAAAAAAUGAGGAAGACCAGACACCUGAAGUGAAAAAAGAGAAGGAAGAGAAAAAC